GGAAACAUUGAGGGUGUAACAGCGGCGAGCCUGGAGCCUAGCAAAUGGUUUCUUGGGGCUGGGUAGUUUUUUUUUUUUUUUUAAACAAACCCUUAGAUAUGCCUUGCUGGCAAAUAUUGUUGAGAACAUCGCGCGACAAGCCUACUCAUUUGACCCAGUAACAUAAGGGGGUGUGGUAGCACGUGGUUCCAUUUAUAUAGGAGGAUUUUGGAAAAAGUUACACAAACAAACUCGGACUAAGGCACAACUGUUAAAUCACUGCGGGAAUCUUUUGCUCGAAUAACAGAGGAUGGACGCUGGAUUCCGAAGAAUGAACGGGGACAAAGCCGGUCAGGGCUCCAUGUACCUGGAGGAGAAAACCACCAAACCAGGGGUGCUGUCCUGCAUCUUCUCUCUGAAGGAGGGGGUGGGGGCUCUGGUCAAGGCAUUGAAACUUUUUGAGGAAAAGGGUAUCAACUUGACGCACAUCGAGUCACGCCCCUCCAGCACGAACAAGCAAGAGUACGAGUUCUUUGUCAGUGUGGACUCCACCUGUACCAAAGCCCUGGAUGAUGUCAUCGAAGGACUCGGCACUCUGAUCAGUGGGCACGUGUACGAGCUCUCCCGCAACAAGCAGAAGGACACAGUCCCGUGGUUUCCCAACCAUAUUCAGGACCUGGAUCGCUUCGCCAACCAGAUCCUCAGCUACGGAUCUGAACUGGACUCCGACCACCCUGGUUUCACAGACCCGGCAUACAGAGCCAGAAGAAAGGAAUUUGCGGACAUUGCCUACAACUACAGACACGGUCAGCCUAUUCCCACGGUGAUGUAUACAGAGGAUGAGAAGAACACAUGGGGAACUGUUUUUAAGGAGCUGAAGACCCUGUACCCGACACAUGCCUGCCAUGAGCACAAUAGAGUGUUCCCCCUGCUGGAGAAAUACUGCGGAUACAGGCAGGACAACAUUCCCCAGCUGGAGGACAUCUCACACUUCCUGCAGUCAUGCACAGGAUUCAGACUGCGCCCUGUGGCUGGUCUGCUCUCCUCUCGAGACUUCUUAGCUGGACUGGCAUUCAGAGUCUUCCAUUCAACACAGUACAUCCGUCAUGGAUCCAGGCCCAUGUACACGCCAGAGCCUGACAUCUGCCACGAGCUUCUGGGACACGUGCCUCUGUUUGCAGACCCUGGUUUUGCCCAGUUCUCACAGGAAAUUGGUUUGGCUUCCCUGGGGGCCCCCGAUGACUAUAUUGAAAAGCUUGCCACUGUGUACUGGUUCACGGUGGAGUUUGGUCUGUGCAGGCAGGGCUCAGAGAUACGGGCCUAUGGAGCUGGACUGCUCUCAUCCUUUGGGGAGCUGAAGUACAGUUUAACGGACAAGCCGAAGCUUGAGCCAUUUCUCCCUGAAAAGACCUGCCUUCAGAAGUACCCAAUCACUGAGUUCCAGCCUGUGUAUUACGUGGCUGAAAGCUUUGACGACGCCAAAGAAAAAGUCAGAAAAUACGCCGCAACUAUUCCCCGGCCCUUCUCGGUGCGGUACAAUCCGUACACCCAGAACAUAGAGGUUCUGGACAGCACUCAGCAGCUCACGAACCUGGCCGACACCAUCAGCGGUGAGAUCGGGAUCUUGUGCAACGCCCUUCGUAAAAUGGAAUGAUGAAAACUUUACACAACGUUGUAGUGAUUACUACCAAUUGCAUGUCUCCUGAUAUGUUUUUUCUGCUCUUUACGCUGUAAAAUAAUAAUAGCUAUUAUUUGCAUGUGAAUUCUUCCAGUUGCACUUAUUUUCUCCCUGUGAAACCCUAUCCUGCACGGCUAUGAUUAAAAUUGACAAAGGGACAAAAUCCAAUAAUCAUUUACAGUAUGCAAAGUAUGUAGGCCUAAUGUAUUCACUGAAUGUUUUAGCCGUUGAAUACUUAAAUACGAGUCUCAGCUUAUACGUACUUCUAUAUGAUUGGCCUACAACUGUGAGUUGGCGUGCAGGCUAAUGGUUUUUAUUUCUAAAUUAAUAAUAUCUCAGAAUAUAAAUAGGAAAUGUUUUGGUAAUGUUUGCUAAUUUAACGGUCGCUAUCAUUUACAAAAUGCUCUUUAUUAUAAGUCCAAUGAUGACAGAUAAACUUUUUUCAAUGCGAGUAAAUAGGUACCGCCGGCGCGUAGGCGGAAGAUAAUAACAGUAAUUUUCAGAAUCCAGAUGAGACCCUCCACACCAAAAUGAUUAUCACACCAAAGCUAUUAUGAUACUUCCAGGAGUACGUUUUUAUAACCUGUUCAUUACCCCAGUUUAUUGUCAAUAUUUCCUCAUUUAUCCCUUGGAACGAGAAUGUAUCGCGCAACUUGUAUAUUACUGUAGCCAUUAUGUAAAUACGGGGGUAAUAUAGGCUACAGUUGAAAUUUCCUUAUGGUUUUUU